AUGGCUUCCAGGAUGCCCAUCUCCACUGUAUACGUCCAAAAUCUCGAAGAGCGCGUCAAGCUUGAUGCAUUGGUAGACGCCUUGAGAACAGUUUUCGCAGAGUUCGGCAAUAUUGUUGACAUUGUGGCGAAGAAGAAUCUGCGUGCCAAAGGGCAGGCAUUUGUCGUCUAUGAUAACCCUGAAAGUGCCCAAGAUGCUGUUACUGAAAUCGAUGGGUUCGAGCUUUUCGGCAAACCUAUGAAAGUUGCUUUCGCGCGAACGCAUAGCGACAAGACCGUUGAAUUAAAGGGCAACCAGGAAGACCUCGAGCAGCAUAAGCGCCAUCGGCAGGCUGAGAAGGACAAACGCAAGGCCCUUGAGUCUGCAGAAGAGCAGAGACAAAUCAACAAGCGAGGGCCUGGCUCAGUCAACGACAACCGACCUGCAAAGGCAGCGAAAUCAGGUCUCAAGUCCACCAGCGCCGCAGCAUCGGGCAGUGUGCUUGACGAGUUCCUUCCUCCCAACAAAAUUCUUUUCGUCCAGAACUUCCCCGAAGACUAUGACAUCGAGACUUUGACCAGCGUGUUCGGCCGAUUUGACGGAUUUCGUGAGGUUAGGCUGGUACCUGGUCGUCGUGGUAUCGCAUUUGUCGAAUACGAGGCGGAACAAGGCGCUAUAACUGCCAAAGAAAACACGGCUGGUUUACACUUGGGAGACAAACCCAUCAAGGUCACCUACCAGCGACAGUGA